UUCUGACACACACUAUUGGACUAUGGCAGCCGGAACCAUGCAACCUUAAGACUUUUUCCAGCGAGCUAUGGGAAAUAAAACUGCAGUACAGAUUAAUACUGUUUGAGCCGUUGCUUUGCCUUGCUUGGCCAGUUUUAUUAUCAAUUAUGACUGCGGACUGCACGAGUUACUACAACGCUGAGAAAGUGUUCGUGAAUGGAUUUACGUGUCCUAAACAAGAUAGCGAUGCCAGAGCAGGUUUUUGUUGUGGGUUUAACGAUAUGAAAUACUGCUGUGAUGACCCCAAUAGCUUCUUUCCGUAUGAAUAUGGGUACAUGUGGUGGCUGAGCGUGGGGGCGCUGGUGGGGCUGUCCAUUGCAGCUGUGGUUCUGUUGGCUUUCGUCAUCACUCUUUGUGUCCUGUGCUAUCUGUUCAUUGCCACUAAACCCAGUCGGCUGGACAACGGUCUACCAUUGCGGACUCCAGGUUCCGAUCUGGGUGCUGUGGAGGGACCCAGUAAUUCGACCGCCCUCGCUGGACCGCAAGGGUUCCGCAAACACUUCCUGAACCACAAGCUGGACUGUGACAACCAACCCCCGGGUCCGGACCGGCUCUUUCAGAGGUGCUUCAUGGCCACGGUCACCACAGUCGACGUGGAGGGGCCUUCUUAGUCACUGCAGACAGGACAAGCUGUCUGAGGGACCUUCUUAGUCACUGCAGACAGGACAAGCUGUCUGAGGGAUGUUCACCACUGUCUCAUCAAAUGAUCAGACCACUUGAUCAGGCUUUACUUUACGCGUGUUCCAUCUAUUCCACAGUAGAAUUUUUUUUUUUUUUUUAAACACACAGCUGAUGCGAUUUGUGUCCAUUUCCUCUACCUCUACAACAUACACUCACUGUGAGUCACUGUGUUCGCUGAAUUUGUUAACUGAUUUACAAAUGUGCUUUCGCAUUAAUGUUUCACUUGUUUGAAAUUCCAGUGCUAAUGGCCAGGCAACGUCGAAGUGCCCUUCAUCAUUCUCCAGCACAAUCAAUGUCAUGCGUAAGCAUAAUAUUUUGCUAUAUCUUCAUGCAAUA